AUGAGAAAGCAAGGAAACACAAAACAGGAUAGUAAACGGAGACCCCAAGCAUUGAAUGCUAAUGUACCGGUAGGGUCACUGAGCAAGGGUUGGUUGGUGGGUGAGGGCACAAGUCUUUCAACAUCUCGCAGGACCAAUGAGGCUCAACGAAACCUUCACCCCGCACUAAUCCAAAUACGGUCUGGUGCAACCACGCCAACUUACCUUCUUCCUUCGCCCUCGCAACAACGUAACUCAACAUCAUUCACUACCACAUUUCCAUUCAUCACGCACUCAUCCGUUAUAUCACCUCAGCUAUUUUCUCGCUCCUCCAUCAGUAGUAGCGAACGAAAUGGUGCCCGCUCCCCCCUACCCUUAUCCCUCCUGAAUACAGCCCAAGGCCACCCAAUGCUCGUAGAGCUCAAAAACGGUGAAACCCUCAACGGACACCUGGUCAACUGCGACACUUGGAUGAACUUGACUUUGAAGGAGGUUGUGCAGACUAGUCCUGAGGGUGACAAGUUUUUUAGGCUGGCCGAGUGUUAUGUUCGGGGGAACAAUAUCAAAUACCUUAGGGUUCCCGACGAGAUUAUCGACCUUGUGAAGGAGACGCAGACACAGCAAAGCAGAGAUGGCCACGGCGGGCGCGGAGGGAACGACCGUGGGAGGGGAGGUUACAGAGGGGAUCGUGGAAACAGAGGUGGCAGAAGUAGGGGAAGGGGGAGGGGUGGUGGGGGUGGUGGGGGUGGGGGCGGAGGUUCCAACCAGUGA